UCAUGUUUAAAAAGAGUCACCUCAGCAUUCCGAGCCCCAAGAUGCUCAGAGACUCUUCAUCUGCGACGUCCCUCCAGCCUCUGGAUUAUCUUCAAACAAGCCCCGUAAGAGGUCAGCUUGAGGCAUACAGUGAUACCACAAGAACUGGCUGGAGGUUUCUACAGUGCACCGACACGCCUAAUGAGCUGAAGGUGCUCUUGCCACCUCGAACUGCUCUGCUUUACGGUCAACUUCUUAAAGCGGAGACCUCCGAGCUGGCCAAGCUUCAACAUGCGUCUUGGGACCGUAUCUUAGAAAUCAGGCAUCUGAAGGAUCGUAUGAUCAGAAAAUGUCAGAGACUUGUUCAGUCAUACUCUCAGGCGACAUCAUCUGCCAUCCCUCCCUUUCUUACCCUCCACGCACCGUCCGACUUUCGUAUGAAGGAGAUGGAAAAGUGGAUUCGGCGACAAGAGUCGCAUUUCUCCACUACGGAAAUCUCGGUCAAAAAGAAAUCGUCCGCUGACAAGACGAAAUCGCGCAAUUCGUCCUGCUGCAAUCGCUGCGCAAUGAAUGCACAUGUCACUCCCCAUCACCACGUUUCUUCAUCGCGUCGCGUAUCUAUGCUUUCCAGUUCUUCACACCGUUCGCCUGUUGUAGAACGGAGUUCUUCUAAACCACCCACUGCUCGCGCGUCUCCCUCUACGAAAGCGAAAGUCGCCAGUAAACGUUCACAUUCGUCAUCCCCCGCACGUUCUACCGUUAUUCGGGAAGCUCACGAGGAGAGGAGUGUGGUUCACGAAAACAGGACUCAUUACCAUAGUGAGACGCUUGAGAGCAGGAUGUACGAUAGUACGCAUCUGCAAAGUCGCAAAACACACGACGCCAAGCAUCGUGUUGUUUCGGACGAUACACAAAAUUUCCAUCUUGAACUCAGUCCGCCUCGUCACGCACCUCAAAUUAAUCACGAAAGCGAGGCUAUCACUGUCGGUCUCCUGGCUACUUCUCCAGAGCCGCUACCACAUCCAUAUCGUGGCUCGACUUCCACCGAUUUCUUGCCUCUUGGCGCGUCGCUAGAGCUAUCUGAAGAUUACGAUAGAGUUCCUGCGUUGCCCAUCAUUAAUUCUUAUACUAGAGCAAACGAAGAAGGCCCGUCUUCUUCACCGUCCCCACCAUCGGAGAAAGAGGAUGAUGCUCCUGGAGAGAACGGGACAGCUCCACCAUUGCGCCGACGAAGCAGUCUCAAGCGUAGUGGCAGCGCGCUACGACUGAGUAUGAACUACUCGAAUAAGACUGUCUCUUGGGCGAUGGAUCGUGACUGGACGGACCAAAUGCUGAAGUAUGAAUUCGCCACUGGCGAAGUGGACGAAAUCGACCUGGAGUGGGAUAGCAUUUUUGCGAGAUAUCAAGAAGAGAUGGCUGGAAUGAAAGCCAUGCGGAAUAACGUUUCUCGCGCUCUCGGUUCUCUCCUUGCAGAAGCAGAAAAACUUCAGCGCGAGGACGAGGUGUUAAGAGAUCAGGAAGACAGAUUACGCCUUACGUUUGACCAGCUCGAGAAUAAGCACAAGCAAUAUAGAACCAAGGUCAAAGCUGCCCUUCAAGAGACUAAACAGGCCUUGACUUUAUGCAGUGCCAAACGGAACGACGAGCUCCAGGCUUCUUAGAAUUUCCCGCUUUCUUUUAUCAGGUAUAUACCCGUCUCGUUAACUCGGAUUUAUUUGCUUUGCUCGAUUGAUUGAUUGUUGUACGCAUUUAUGUUUUUUACUGUUGUGAUCUGAAUGAUACUGACCGCGAUCUUUCUGUCAACUGGGAGUGCGUGGUGGCUGUAAAGUUCUGUGUUGAUCCACUCACCUGUUUUUACUGUCGGAUAUAUGCAGUCAUUCGGAGGCAGAGGGGCUUCAUACCAUCCAAUCCAACAAUGACGAAUUACUGACGAAUCAUAAAAAUUGCAGACUUCCCAGAAGAACGCUAAGGGCCAAUUUUAUGAUUUUGGAUAGUGCUGUGUGCGAGCACAGCCUGUGCAAAAAUUCACGGAUCAUACGAGCUCGGAUGCAGAGAUAUGUUCAAAGAUUCCACUGAUUGACGAGACCGAGGCCUUUUCUGAU